AUAUACUAUAAAGGACGAAUAAUUGUCACAGUCAUGGUGCCUUUGCCCAACCAGCUCCAGUUUCAGCCCGACAACUUCUCAGGAAAAAUGUUUCAGGAGAAGACGUUUGAAAAUGGUUUUGUUGAAGAAGAGAAGGAACAUUCUAAGUCUUCAACUAAUAAGGUUGACCCUGGGAAACCUGCAUCUUUGACCUGGCAGCGAAUGUUAAAUGAUGAGGGGAGUGCCAUUUCGCUGUUCACUUUAAGUUUGAAAGAGAUAGUUCAGAUGGCUCCAAUAGGAUUUCGGCUGUGGCGCCAUAUCAGAGAAGAGGCUGCUAAAGGAAAUGUAUUUCUCUUUCUUUUUAUCUAAGAUGUCCAGUUUCUAUGAUUUGUUGGUUAUGGAUUUCUAUUUGCUAAGCGCUUUGUGACAUCUUGUCAUGGCGUUCCCUUGGGUGGUAUAGGUGCAGGAAGCAUUGGUAGAAGUUACAGGGGCGAGUUUCAGCGCUGGCAACUAUUCCCCAAAAUAUGUGAAGAGAAACCAGUUUUAGCCAAUCAAUUUUCGGUAUUUGUUUCGCGCUCAAGUGGUGAAAAAUAUUCUACGGUACUAUGCCCAGGGAGCCCAGAGGUGCUUAAAGAAACUGCAGUUUCGGGGAUUGGAUCUUGGGACUGGAAUCUGAAUGGAUGCAACUCUACAUAUCAUGCUCUAUUCCCAAGGGCUUGGACUGUAUAUGAGGGUGAACCUGAUCCAGAGCUUAGAAUAGUUUGUCGUCAAAUUUCGCCUGUUAUCCCACAUAAUUAUGAGGAGAGCAGCUUCCCUGUCUCAGCUUUUACUUUCACGCUGUACAAUUCUGGAAAGACUGCUGCAGAUGUCACCUUGCUUUUCACAUGGGCAAAUUCUGUUGGAGGGCUUUCUGAAUUUUCUGGUCAGCACUCUAAUUCGAGAAUAAUGAUGAAGGAUGGUGUGCAUGGUGUACUUCUACAUCACAAGACAGCAAAUGGACAACCCCCCGUGACCUUUGCAAUUGCUGCAGAGGAGGCAGAUGGUAUUCACGUCUCUGAGUGCCCUUGCUUUUUGAUAUCGGGUAACUCUCAAGGUAUCUCAGCAAAAGAGAUGUGGCAGGAAAUAAAGGAGGACAAAGAUGGGAUGAUUGAGAAUGAAGGCUUCCCUGAUCAAACUUACGAUACAUGGUCUGUAUCUGGGGUUAGUGCAUAUUGUGGUGGGUUGUGGGUGGCAGCCUUGCAGGCAGCAUCAGCCAUGGCACGUGAAGUAGGUGAUAAGGGUUCUGAGGAUUACUUUUGGUUUAAGUUUCAGAAGGCAAAAGCUGUGUAUGAGAAACUAUGGAAUGGUUCUUACUUCAAUUAUGAUGGUAGUGGAGGAAAUGCAAGUUCAUCUAUUCAAGCUGAUCAAUUGGCUGGGCAGUGGUAUGCUAGAGCAUGUGGUGUUUUACAAAUUGUUGAUGAAGGCAAGGCUAGAAGUGCACUAGAAAAGGUCUAUAAUUACAAUGUCUUAAAGGUGAAGGAUGGAAGGAGGGGGGCUGUGAAUGGGAUGCUACCUGAUGGAAGGGUUGACAUGUCAUCCAUGCAAUCGAGAGAAAUAUGGUCCGGAGUCACAUAUGCCGUUGCUGCAACAAUGAUCCAUGAAGAUAUGAUUGAUAUAGCAUUUCAGACUGCAGGUGGAAUCUAUGAAGCUGGAUGGUCCAAAGAAGGACUUGGCUAUUCUUUUCAAACUCCGGAAGCUUGGAACACCAACGGCCAAUAUAGAUCUCUAUGUUACAUGCGCCCUUUGGCCAUAUGGGUCAUGCAGUGGGCAUUAACAAGGCCAAAUAUUUUUAAGCCAGAGAUUAAACCAGAAGUGAAGGAAGAGUGUUUAUUUAGGCAACAUUCUGGAUUCUCUACAGUUUCUUGCCUUUUAAAGUUGCCUGAAGAGGGAACAUCUAAAAGUCUUUUACAAGUUGCAUAUGACUACACUAAGAAGAAAAUUGGGAUGUAACUGAAGUUUCUACAACUAUCUUGAGCCCUAUAAAUUACUCUACUUGAUUGUUGUAAGUAGAAUCCUGUAUCAUACAACCACAGUGUUUGUGUUGUAGAAAAUUUCUUUUGUUUAAGAUAGUUAUUUGAUA